AGAGGCGAGUAUGCGGAGGAGAUAACGCCAGGCGUUUCAAACAAGACAUGGGGUAGAAACGGCGCUGAUUAUAGCGAGGACAAUUACAAUGGCGAGGCAUGGAAUCGGCGUGGAGGGGAAAGUUAUUUUACUCAUGGAACGCGGAGCUCUGGUGGCAGUCGAGAGCGUGCUUAUGACGGGGGAUGGCGAUCGGACGACGAUAAGCCGCCACGGACGCUUUUGGACGUCCCGGACCGCGUUCGGAGGGGAUUAGAGACAUCUCAGUCGCCAGAUUACAAUCGACGGGGGCGCGGCGGUGUCAGUCCGCGUGACGAUGCCGUACCGUACGACUCCAGACCGUACGGAUCGAAGCCGUACGGUUCGGGACCGUACGAAGGGCGGUCGUACGACGGGCGAUCGAACGGCGGAGGGCGGUACGAUUCCAGCGGGAGUGACGGGGAGCGCAGGAAAGAAGGGGGCAAGGCUGAAGAGUUCACGUGGGUUAGAGGCUCCGGAAAAGAGAAGGCGGAGGAGGAAGAAGAAGGCGGCGGGGUUUUGGGUUUGGACGUGGAGGAGGAGGAAGAUGAGGACCAAGGGGCCGACGAGGGGCAAGGGAGUGAGGGCUUUUGGGGAGGCGAGGAGGCGGAGGAGGCGGAGGAGGCGGAGGAGACCGAGAACAGCUGGAAAGACAGUGCUGCCAGAGAGAAACGGGCAGAUGAAAGUCUUGGCCUGCUUCCGCGGGCAGCUGCGGCAGAAAGCUCAGUGGCGGAGGGUUUUGUCGUGGGUAGCACACAACCGGAAGCCAGCACGAGGGGAUUGCGCGGGGAGUUGCGGAGGGAUUUAAAGGAGGCGGCAGUGGAUGCGCAUGGGGACCUCAACGCUGUAGUGGCGAGCCUUAUAGCGAGGAAAGAGGUCGUCAGGGGCAUACGGGUCUUCCAGUGGGCGCUACAUGCGCCCUUCUUCUCCCCCUCCGCCUCCCCCCCUCUCCUCUCCGCCCUCCUGCUGUCCGCCGCCGCCCAGGGGAAGACCCGCCACAUCCUCCCCCUGCUCUCCUCCGCGCUCCCCCAGGGUGUUUUCCCGUCUCGCCCCGCUUUUGAGGGGGUGAUCCGGUCUUUGCUCCUUGCCGCGAAACGGGCGGAGGAGUGGAAAUGGGACGGGGGAGGCAGGGGGAAGAGGAUGAGAGAGGAGGUGGAGAGACUAGAGGAGAGUGCAUGGGAGGUGUAUGGAACGAUGACUGGCAUGGGAGGGAAAACAGAGAGCAGCGCCAUGGCAACUGACUCAACCCUCAAUUUGCCAUCAGGGGAAGCAACCCAAGCAGCACUGCCAGGGGAAAUUUACCCCUCCUCUCCCCAAUCCCCCAAACCUUUAUCUGACUCUACAUCUUCCCCCCCAUCCUCCCAACUUCUCUACGAGCUCUUUGAAGUUUUCAGCCGCCCGUCCGCCAGAGGCCGCCACGUCAGCAAGCUAGAGCACCUACUUGAAGACCUAGGUUCCCUCGGCGCCCCAGUCACUCCCCUAAUGCUCUCCCGCUUGGCCCAGCAGCUGGCCUGCUUGGGAGAUAUCGACAAAGUUGACGCACUUUUAGUUCAGAUGCGCUUAGCUAAGCUCCCAAUCCCCGCUCCUGCCCUCGAAUCCGCGGUGAUUGCUUGUGCCCGGGCGUACCACUCGCAUGGACCGCUCGGGCAGCAGGACAAUUUUGUCACGGGCAGGGGGGAAGUUUUUGGCGUGCUGACCGGGCUGCCCGAGCGGGCAGCGCAGGGAGUAAAAGAGGUGGAAGAGGCAGGUUUCCGGCCUAGUCAGGAGGUACUAGUUGCUCUAAUGGAAGUGCUUAGCAAAGCGCAGCGGCACAGAGAAGCAGUGAGCGUUUGGCCGAAGGUGGUUGACGCAGCAGAGGCUGCCGCUGCAGCUGGUUCGGCGGAGAGGUUCAGCGCCGGAGCAGACAGACAGGCUCGGCCGAGCCUGCGGGCAUACAACGUGUAUGUGGAAGCAUUGAGUGGGGCUGGGGAGGUGGCAGCAGCAGAGAGGGUGGUGAGGGAGAUGGGGGAGCGGGGCAUGGGGCCGCUUACCAAGGGGUACAAUGCGGUGCUGAGGAUGCACGUGAGGCGGGGCGUGGCUGGUGAGGCAGAUGGGGCAGAAUCGCCAGCAGGAGGAGCAGGAGGAGCAGGAGAAGGAGCAGGAGCAGUGGUGGUGGCAGUGGCAGCAGUAUCAGCAUCAGUGCUACCUGCAACAGCAGCAGCACCACCAGCAGCAGCAGCAGCAGCAGCAAGGGACGCAGCAGUGCGCCUAUUCUCCGAGAUGGCGUCGUUCGGCUGCCCUGCGAGCGUUGAGGCGUGCAACCUAAGGCUGCACACGCACCUCCUGGCGCACGACUGGAAAGGUGCGUGGGAGCUGUACGGGGGGAUGCAGGGCGCAUGGGUGGACGAGGAGGGGGGGAGGGGGGCGACUGAGGAAUGGGGGUCUGAGGAGGAGGAAGAAGAGGAAGAGGAGGAAGAAAGCGAGGAGGACAGAGAGGGAGAGGAGGGGGAGGAUGAGGAUGAGCAUGAGGAUUUAACAGCGAAGGCAACGGAGGCGAGGCUACUACUACCUGCACUGAGUCCUCCGAAUCAGCGCACCUAUGAUCUGCUGCUGCUGGCACUGGGCCAGGCAGGGGAUGUGAGGGGCCUGGAGCGAGUGUAUGAAGCCAUGCUGCAAGAGGGGGUGCGAGGUGUGGUGAGGGGGGGAGAAGCGGAGGGAGAGGAGAGCGAGGAAGAAGAUGAUGAGAGUGAAGAGGUCGAGGAGAGUCAAGGGGACGAGGAGGCAGGAAGUAAGAGGGGAGGUGGAAGGGUGAGAGGGGAGGAGGGGAGUGAGAGGGAGAGUGGGGGAGCGGGGAGAGCGAGGAGGUUCAGCUUGCAGGGGGGAGUGAGGGAGGUGGUGGAGGGGUUGCUAGGAGGGGACAGAGUGAGACGGGACGAGGCGUGGGCUGCUGCUGUGGCGGCGCGGGGAGGAGGAGCAGGAGGAGCCGGAGGAGCCGGAGCAGGAGGAAGCCGAGGAUGGGAGACGGCACUACCAGGGGACGGGGAUGUGGCGAUGGGGAUGGGCAUGGGGUUGAGGUUGUCCAGGGAGCAGCGGCAGGUGCUGGUGGGAGCAUUACUGGGGGGAGCGGAGGUGGAGAGUGCGGAUGGGGGGGUGACGCAUUCGGUGCGCUUCUCCCAGCCAAUCAGAGCGGGCGAGGAGUGGCGCCUGCUGGUGCUGGACUCCCUGUACGAGCUGUUUCUGCCCUGGGUGGCCGCUCCCCCUGUGGAUGUGACUGUAGGGGAUGUGACUGUAGGGGGGAAAGAGGCAAGGGGUGGUGAGGUAGGUGUGACUGUAGGGGGGGAGGAGGGUGAGGGGGAAGGUGUGGGUAAAGGUGGGGACGGUGGAGGGGACAGGGAAGUGAUUGAGGGUAGAGAGGCAGAAGGUGCAUCAGCGCUGCACACUGCUCCCUUUCAGCUGCGCACCUUUGCCACCAUCGCGCAUCCAUCGCUGCAGUUCUACGCUCGGCAGUUCCGCUCCCUAGUGGGUUCGAGGGACAUGGCUGGCAAACAGGGCGGCGGGCAGGCGGUGAUUCCUCGUCUUAUUCACCGCUGGCUGUCACCAAGAGGCAUGGCAGCGUGGUUUAUGUAUAAUGGAUGGGCUAUUACAGGGGAUGGAGGAGCUGGAGGGAGAGGAGGGGGAGAGGGAGGGGGGGAGGGGGCAGGGGUGGAGAAGACCAGUGAAAAGGUGAAGAAAUCUGGUGAGAACAAGGGUGAUGGUUAUAGCUUGGUUUUUGGAGCUGAGGGGUAUUCUGCCAAGGAGGUGGCACUAGUGGUAGCGGUGGUAGGAGCGAGAGUGGAAGACUGUGCAUGGAAGAAGGGAGCACGGGGAGAGAAGAAUGCUAUGAGAUUCAGUGGGCGGUCUGCACAAGUCCUCUGGCGUGCCAUGGAGCCGUAUAUGGUGGAGGGAGCAAGGGAUGCACUCGGUCCUCAAUGAAACUGGUUGUGGAUGAGUGAAAGCCUCGGUCUUGAAGAGAAGAAGCUGUGAAUCGCUGAAAGUGACAAUCAGGAAUGCUGGAAUGGAGAGCCAGGUGUGCGUUGUCGGAGAAAUCAAUCAGGUGGACAUACUAGUAUCGGUUAAGGUUUCUUCUUUAGUGGAUGAAUACUUCUCUUUUAUGUGCAAGGUUUGUCUAGAGCUUCUCCAGUCAGCGA